AGAGCUACAAACAAAAAAGCGGUUUAAAAAGGCAUUAUAAGAGUGCAGCUUCUUGUGCUCAUACAACUUCAUCUUCUCCCCUCUCUGUCUGACUCUGUGUGCGUGGAAAAGAAGCGAAGAUGCAUUCCAGUCACUUACUUCUCGAGGAACCCAUUCGUAUGGUUUCCAUUCUCGAACCAUCUAAGGCCAGUUUCUUUCCCGCAAUGACAAAGAUUGUUGGAACGCUCGGUCCCAAAUCUCGAUCGGUCGAGGUUAUUUCUGCUUGUCUUAAAGCUGGAAUGUCAGUGGCUCGUUUCGACUUCUCUUGGGGCUAUCCUGAAUAUCACCAAGAGACUUUGGAGAAUUUGAAAACCGCUAUCAAAUCUACUAAGAAACUCUGUGCUGUAAUGUUGGACACUGUGGGAGCAGAGAUGCAGGUUGUUAACAAAAGUGAGAAAUCUAUCUCGCUACAGGCUGAUGCUCAGGUUGUUCUGACUCCUGACCGGGGACAAGAAGCAUCUUCACAGAUACUGCCUAUCAAUUAUGAUGGGCUGGCAAAGUCAAUGAAGAAGGGUGACACAAUUUUUGUUGGUCAAUACUUGUUCACGGGCAGUGAAACUACUUCUGUAUGGCUAGAGGUGUCCGAAGUUACAGGUCAAGACGUUGUUUGUACUAUAAAGAAUUCGGCAACAUUAGCAGGGUCAUUGUUCACUUUGCAUGCCUCUCAGGUUCAUAUUGAGUUGCCUACCCUCACAGAUAAAGACAAGGAGGUUAUAAGCACCUGGGGAGUAAAAAACAAAAUUGAUUUUCUAUCAUUGUCAUAUACUAGGCAUGCUGAAGAUGUUCGCCAGGCCCGUGAAUUCCUUUCUAAUUUAGGAGAUCUAAGGCAGACUCAUAUAUUUGCAAAGAUUGAAAAUGUUGAGGGAUUGACCCAUUUUGAUGAAAUUCUACAAGAAGCAGAUGGUAUUAUUCUUUCCCGUGGGAAUUUGGGCAUUGAUCUUCCCCCAGAGAAGGUAUUUUUCUUUCAAAAAUCAGCCCUUUACAAGUGUAAUAUGGCUGGGAAACCUGCUGUGCUUACACGCGUUGUGGAUAGCAUGACUGACAACUUAAGACCAACUCGUGCAGAAGCCACUGAUGUUGCCAAUGCUGUUUUAGAUGGGAGUGAUGCAAUACUACUAGGUGCUGAGACUUUACGUGGGUUAUACCCUGUUGAGACUAUUUCUACAGUUGGCAGAAUUUGUGCAGAAGCCGAGAAAGUUUUUAAUCAAGACCUUUAUUUUAAGAAAACUGUCAAAUAUGUUGGAGAACCCAUGUCCCACUUGGAAUCUAUUGCCUCUUCUGCGGUACGGGCAGCUAUUAAGGUGAAAGCUUCUGUUAUUAUUUGCUUCACUUCAUCUGGAAGGGCCGCAAGAUUGAUAGCAAAAUAUAGGCCAACCAUGCCAGUUCUCUCUGUUGUGAUCCCCCGACUCAAGACAAAUCAGCUGAAAUGGAGCUUUAGCGGAGCUUUUGAGGACCAACUGCCAACUCAUUUGUGGGAAAGCCUAUUUACAGUUAAUGCUAGGCAAUCACUUAUUGUAAGAUGUCUCUUUCCCAUACUUGCCGAUCCUCGACAUCCUGCCGAGUCAACUAGUGCCUCAAGCGAGUCUAUUCUAAAGGUUGCCCUUGAUCAUGGAAAAACAGCUGGGGUUAUAAAGUCGCACGAUCGUGUAGUUGUUUGCCAGAAAGUUGGUGAUUCAUCUGUGGUUAAGAUUAUCGAGCUUGAAGAUUAAGUGUUGCAUUGAUCUAACUACAGUACAAGCGUUUUGUUUUUUUGGUCUACUAAGAUUUUGGCAGUGGCAGAUCAUUCAGCUUCCACCUUUUGAGUUGUCUCCACCGGGUUUGCUGACUAGUUUAUAUUUUUGUGAUUGAAGCUGAAUGUUAGAAUAGUUAUAUACGAUAGUCUGUCAUAGUUAAAAAUCAGAGGAAGUUUUACUCAAAAGACAAUUUGAAAGGAAGAGUAGUUGUCUUACUGUUGUCAGCAGUGUGAAUGAAUCUAAUCAUCAACUAUUUUACCCCUGAA